GAAUGCACGUGAAUUCCAGAUUUUUGCUUGACGGUGACACGUGCCAAAUGUUGCUCAUCCUCAUGCCCUUGAUUUAAGUAUAAACAGCCCUCAAAUUGUCAUAAAAUAAAUUUAACAAACCUUCUCUUAGACACAUAAUAAAAGGCGAUAAGACCAUGCUGUGAAUUUAUUUUCGUGUUCUUCAAAUUACUGUGGAUGUUUUACAGUUUUUGAUAAUUUUUUAGUUCAAAUGUGACAGAUAUACACAGUGACUGUGAUUGUUGUUCGUGACCCCGAAACUGAAUCGACUUAUCCAGGAUUGAAUGGGAGUGGCGAAAAUUCCGGUGCAUAAAGAUCAGAGGAAGAGCGAUGAAUGGACUAUUUUGAAGCGGGAGCGGGAAAAUGGAAACGAGCAACGGCACGGCAGAGGACUUCAUUACAGUGGUCAGUGUGGGAAACCAAGGGGCACCUCCUGAGAACUUUGUGACUGUCCUUUCUAUUGGUAACGGAAGGAAGGAGGAAGAAGAGACGCAUGUUGACAAGCAUCUGAAUAAUGGAGUUGAGCAACACUUUGAGGAAGAAGUUGAGGUCUUCCGGUUGCCCGGGGAACGCCUCGGGUUUGGACUCAAGUUUGAGGGUGGAAACAAGACUUCCGAGAGGGUCAAGAGACUUUUCAUUCAGAGUUGUGCCGACCAAAGUCCUGCGAGCAGGUCUAAGUGCUCUUGGGGAAGCCUCGGAGAAGGGGAUGAAGUCAUCGCAAUCGAUGGUGUACCAGUAAUUCACAUGACUCGUCUAGACUGCGUUCAAAGACUUAAAGAGUCUCAGUUGGUAAUAAAACUGGUUGUGAGAUGUAGGGGAGCCCUGAGACCGGAAGUGGUCAGUGCAGAAAGGAAAUCCACGCCAGAGAAGACUAAAAUUUCCCCUGAAUUACCAUCAGCGCCUCCCCCGGUGCCACCCAGGAAAUUGAGACAUCCUAGAGGAUUGGCGGACGGUGAAGCAAAUCCAAGCCCUGUGAAGAAGUCCUGGGAUAGCCCGAAAUCGAUUCCCACGUCUCAGAACGGUUCUCCAUACUCCCUUCAUGGUAGCAUCAAUAGUAGCAAAUCCGCUUCCUAUGAAAGUUGUUACUCUUCCCCAAAAAGUUGCACCAGCUCGAAAAAUGGAAGCCCUAAAGCCGCACCCAAGGAUCAUUAUCUAGAUGCAUCAAAACCUAAGCAGGAGCCACCCGAGGCGAUGGUCUAUCUCGAUGCCAGAUCUCAGGACGGUUCAAGUACCCACGGCAGUACCUCAGACGAUACCGGAAGCUCCCUCUCGACACUGGUUGACAGAUUUUCCUCGUCUGACCAUGUCUCCACAAUAUCUACAAUUUCCACCACCUCAACAACCUCAGAACAACAUGGUGCAGAAAUCAUGAAAGGAGACCCCUCCGCUGAUCAUUAUGACAACAACCAAGUCAAAGACUUCUUGACAGACAGUCUUAAUCUAUCACGAAUGUUGUCUCCUUUUGAUCAGCUUGAACAAGACUUCAACUCCAAUCAACCUGACUAUCUGCUAACACGACUUGCCAACUCCGAGGCUGUCACCCACGUUGAAUCCCGGGGUGAUGUCGAACGGGUCACUGCUGUUGUUGCACCCAACACUGUCCUCAUCGAAGAAACCAUCACUCUCCAACCACCUCUUAGUUUCCAGGAUGCGCCUCUAAGUUAUGGUCACGAAACAAGCCCUGGCCUUUUUUACACUGACCUCGCAGCUGAUUCUAAGACCCACUUCCGGCCAAUUAAGGAUGACGCUUCCAUCGUUGAAUCCGUUAAUGGAGACGUCGAUCACAUCGCUGAUAAUGAUAUGGGAAAUUCUGAUCCAAGAUCGAACAACUUUGACUCGGCGCCACCUCUACCCAUUAGGAAUCACGUUAACACGAUUCCCGUCAAUCAGCAGACUCAGAUGCUAAAUAGCGAGAAAAUAUCCUCCGCAGAUGCUGAUGAGGAUCGAGAGGCCGAGGUGCCGACCUUACCCCCCAAGCCUAUGCCUAGAAAAGACCUCAAGUCAAGGAGGAAGAGACCUCCGCCCCCACCUCCUCCUCCUGCCACUGCUCAGAGGAAAGAAGUUUCCUCAGUACCGGUUGAAGCACUUGUCAAGGUCGUUGAUGAGGUUAACGUGGUUCAAGUCCCAGAGAUCACGAAGCUGGAAGAGAAGGUAGAGAAUAAGAUGAUUAGUGCAGGAAUUGAGUUUAAUAGUUCAGGAAACUUAUGCAACUCAGAAAAGGUGUUGUACUCUGAACAAGAGGCGGAUAUGGUAGGAAAAGGUUUGCUUAAACCUGUUCAAGAGAUGGAGAAGAUAGUGAAUUAUGUGAUAAGUAAAACCCAUAUUGAUAAAUGUUCAAACAAAGUUAAUAAAUCUCCAUCGAAAAUUGUAAAUUCGCAGACAGAUAAGGUUCUGAAUAUCGUAGAGAUGCAGAUCAAGCUGUCUGAUGAAUUUCAGAUAAAAGAAUCCUCGACGACCUCCGAGGACCUGGAGGAUCAUCUAAGGAUCAAGGAAACUACUGAGAAAUGUAGGGAAUUUGAGAGCAAUGUUCUUUCUGACAUUUUUAAGGAAAAAAGAGAACUUGCGGAUAUGUCUAAUACGGAGACAGUUUCGAUCGAAUUGCAAAAUCCAGAGGACGUAAGAGUUUUGGAGAAUGGAGAGCAAAGAAUUUUAGAAAAACAAGAUACAACGGUUUUGAAUAAUGACACGAAGAUUGUAGAUGAGAAUGAUGUGGCAAAACCUAUGGUCAAAGUUGAGUUUGGUGAUCAAGGGGAUCAAAAGAGUAAAAUAAUAGCUGCGGGGUAUGUAGAAGAAGUUAAGAAAGAAGAUAACAAAGAGACUUGUUCUUCAGAUAAGACAAACGACAUAGAGAUCAAAAGGUGUUACAAAAGGGUGGAGGAAUUGGAGGAUGAUGGUGGUUCUAGUGACGAGAGUGAUGGUGGAGAUUAUUACUGGCAGAGUAAUUUGGCCACAAUUGGGGAAGAAGAGGAAAAUAAUUCGUUGGAAUGCACUAAUGCCAAUAAGGAAGUGAAUGACCUUGAGGAGAAAGUACCAGACGAAAAGAAGAAGCUGGAAAUCCCUAUGAAGGAAGUGUGCAGUAAAAAUGGCUCAGUAAAUGUUAGGAUGGACAAUUGUGGAGGCGGUCAGCGCCUGCCCCCAGACGGGGACGAGUUUCCAGCAGCUUAUCACGAAUUCACCAACUCUGGCCAGUACCAAUUUGUAACCAGUACAAACAUAACAACCAUGGCCUCCAAUGGAAACCUGAUGCAGCAAACUCAGACCUAUGUAACCAGUGAAAGCUUUCAGGUCCAUCCAAAGACCAACAAAGAUAAUCCCAACGAAAAGAUUCAAAUUGUCUCCCAAUGCGUCAUCGACCAUAUCAAAGACCCAAUACUUCCUUCCAUCGAAGCCGAAAAGAAUUAUUCAAACUAUAACUCAAAACCUGUCGUGAUUUCUGAAAGAAAAAUCGAAAUUUCUGGAUAUUACCCGAAAGAAGUGCCAUCAGUGGAUUUUGCUAUCCGCAAGGAUGUACCUGAGAAUCCACCACCCUUACCUCUGACUGAACCACCAAAAGUAGACUCAGUCAAUACUCAUGUCAGAAAUAAUUCUGAUCAUCCACCAAGGAAAUUCUCUUUAAAUGGGGAACUUUGGAGACAGGAUGAUAAAUCCGAAAGAUCAGUAAGAGACAAAAUUGCGAUGUUCUCUUCACAAAGCAGCCUCGAGGUUCCUCUUUUUCCAAAUACACCUGCUCCUUCCCCAGCAACUAAUGGUAGAAGACUAUCAAAACAUAAAUCCUCAGAUGAUGUUUUUAUUGAUGAUAGAGUCACCCAUCAAAGGGAAUUUACCAAAAAUCAUUCACCCUUUGUUGAGAGAACCCAAAGUUCUUUUGAUCUUUCUUCUAGUUUGAAUAGAUCAUCAAGCCCUGUAAAUUUGGCACAACGACCACCUAGUCUUCCGAAAAGUUCUCCACCUAGUGAACCCGGGUUUGUUUAUUCCAAACCAGCAUUGGUUUCUCCACUAGAAAAGACACCUAGUACUCCAGAAAUAAAGCAAUUCUUAGCGACAAGUUCUUUUGGGGUGAAGCCUUAUAGUUCUCCAAGUUUAGAAGCUGGUUUUAACUUGAAUAAUAAGUCGUUUGAUUCUACCAUUGGACCUUAUAUGUCUAAGAAUUCGACUCCAGUCACUUUGACCAGAGCCAUUAGUUUUUCAGGAGGAAGUACCUUUAAUCACGAACGUCCUCAAACCUCCAGUGAGGUCUUAGCGAGUUCUCAGAUUUCAAGGACAAACUCGCUAGCUUCCACUUUCAGAAAACCUAAUGAGGAUAUGAGGAGGAAUAGCUUGAAUCAGCUUAUUGAACAGAGGAGAAAAGGGAUUUCGAAGUUGCGUGGGCUCGUUAUUCCUGAAAAAGACACUGUUCCUGUGGAUCAACCUAUCAUUGAUCUCCCGGAAAUCAAGUCAAGGGACUCUAUAUUAAUCAAUCAGGUACCAAAGUCAAGUAUCCUAGACAAAUGGGGAUCCCAGAGUUCCCUAGCCAGUAAUGCAAGUGCAGUAAGCGUAGCAAUGAAAGCAACCACCUCCUUCAAAAUGCCAGCGCCACAAAUACUCUCCAAGUAUUCUCCAGCCUUUAAAAGAAAAAGUCUCGCGGUCUACAAUACAUCAACAACCAACUCUAAUUCCAAUUCCAACUCUAACUCUAACUCUAAUUCUAAUUCUAACUCUAACAAUACAAAUCCAAAACCAAACCAGGUGAUAAAUUCCACAACUGGAUUGGUAUCAGAUGCACCCAAGAGUCUCGAAAGCAUUUGUAGUCCCACCAGAAGUGACUACAGUUUCGAGUACCUUUCAUCGACUGAAUCACCAGAAAACGUACGCUCCAGACCUAGAAUUGGACAAAAGAAGACUAGAGCCGAUUAUGAUGAUUCGGACAAUGACUCGGCAGUCAGCAGUUCCCAGAGUAGCAUGUCUCGAGGCUUUAGUCCUCCUAUGUCACCAGUACCAUCUGAUAGAUCUACCAUGUCAUCGGAAAGGUCUUACAUUUCUUCAGAGACAAGUUAUCAACGACGUACUCACAUGUUGGACAGUCCAACUAAAAAUCAUUGUUCUCUUAUUUCUGAUGAAAAUUUAUUUUCUUCGAGGCCAGUGAUAAGCACUGAGAGAGCUUACGUGAGUUCGGAAAGAUCUACUAGCUCGGAAAGAUCAUCUUCCAGUGGUGGAAGUUCAAAUUCUAGAUCACCCACAGAAACAAGCAGAAAUUCUCAAAUACCACAGAGACAGUUUUUGAAGAGGACAAACAGCACUGACACAAACUGUAGCAAUUCUUCUACCUUGACUUCAGGUUCUCAGGCAAGCGCAGAAUCUCUGUCGCGAAGGGUUUUAAAACCUCAGAGCGUGGAAGCCAUCAACAGGAAGAAUAUUUUGGCCAGUGCAAAGUGUCGCAGUGGAAGAGACCUCAGCGGAUCUCCUCUGAUUCAGCGAAAAUUUUCUGACGAUGAGGAUGUUCAAAUAAGCCAAGAAAAUGGUAGUUACCACAAUCAGCACCAUGCCACAAAUGGAAAUGGCAAUUCCGAUCACAAGGAAGUCAAAAUUGCUUAUAUUGAAAUCACUGAUAGCUUUAUUGAAGACGAAAAACCAAUCCAGAAGCAGCCAGAAGAACCGAAGUUACCGCCAAAGAGAAGCAUACUGCAAGCAGUCGCUAGACUUCCAAAAUCGGACAAUUUGGAACCUUCAAAUGAUCUGAAAAUGUGGGUCAGAACAGAAGCAAAAAAUCUGGCAGAGAAAGCAUCGAAUGAAAAAGAGAAGACAGCCUCGCUGGCUCGAAAUGUUGAUUUACCGAGUCCGAUCAGAACAACAAGGAGUAGAUCUUCUUUAACUUUGGAUGAACAAAGUGCGACUGAUCUUUUUGGCUCGUGGAGUCGAAAUGUUGCUGAUAAUGAAUUCGAGGGUGUCGAGACAGCGAAGAACAGGUCGAGAGCCAGCCUGUCUCCAAAAAAGAACAGCAGUGAGCAGAAUGACCUGCUGACUAUUCUCACCACGAAAAGCAGAUCCAGGUCCGCAAUUCACGUGGAGGACAGCAGUUAUGGAAAAUCAAAAAGUCAGAUGAGCCUGGAGGACAUCCUAACAAUAAAAAGUGAGUCGAAACUGACUCGAACCCAAAGUGUAACUAUUGACAACAGUGUCGAAAGAAACGGAUCUCAUUCCGCAACACCCAAUAGGCUUUCAACAGACUCAAAAGAUAACCGCCUGACCCGAAGAUCUAAUUCAACGGAUAGUUGGACCGAAGAAAAAACCUUUGCAUCAAAAAUCCCAGCUUUAAAUAAAUCAAAAGUCACAGGCAGUAUCGAAGAACCUAUUGAAGUUUCGGAUAGAUCAAGAACCUCGGUCUCGAAAAUUCCAACACCAAGAAGUAUGGGACGAAGAAGUGCAAGUGUGACUGACAUGAAGAAGGCUUUGGACAAAACUGAUGGUAGUUCUUCAAGUGAAACGUCUUCUCCUGGUAGCUCAUUGCAAACUCGAAACAAUGUUCAUAAUCGCUUUCCGAGUUUGGAUAGUAGCGUGGAAGAAAGUAUAAGACCUGUUGGUGCUGAGGUUGAUACUGAAAGAUUCUGUGGUGAACAGUUUGGUAGCAUCACUUCAUUAGCCAGUAGCACAAGUUUAAUUUCUCAACAGGAAUUAGCUCAGUUGGUGGAAGACGCAAGUCUGGAAGAGGCUCGUGGCUCUCAUGAUGUUAUUGUUGUACUUCUUCAUAAGGAGAAUCCUGCUGGAAGUGUUGGUAUCACUUUAGCUGGUGGUGUUGACUGUGAGGCUAAGGAAAUAACAGUUCAUCGAGUAUUGUCUCACUCCAUAGCAGAUAAAGAUGGAAGGGUGCAGAGAGGAGAUAGAAUUUUAAGCAUCAAUGGAAGAAGCACCCGAGGAAUCACUCAUAGGGAAAGCUUGGCUGUUCUCAAGCAACCUAGGUCUGAAGUGGUGCUAGUCGUGUCCAGAGCCCGACUUGAUGAAGGUUGUAAAUUGAAGACUCGUACGGAAAGCGUUGAAACAAUUGUGGAAGGAUUCGAGAUAAAUGGUGGAGUAGAGAACACAGCAUGGGGGCCACCUUCUACUGUGGCAAUUUAUAAAGAUGGAGCAGGUCUCGGGUUCAGUCUCGAGGGAGGAAGAGACAGUCCACUUGGAGACAGACCUUUAAUAAUCAAGAAAAUAUUCACAGGAGGUGCAGCCGAAAAAACAGGUGCUCUAAAAGCCGGUGACCAUUUGCUCGAGGUGAAUGGAAAUGAUGUAACGAGGAUGUCAAGGAUAGAAGCUUGGUCCCUGAUGAAGAAAUUGCACGAUGGGGAAGUGAAUCUCCUAGUCAGACACCCUGCCGCAAAGUCUUCGUGAAUGGUAGUCAAUUUUUAUAAAUAGGCAUAUAUUGUUGUAUGCUAAAGACAAGUGAAGUAAAGAUAAGUGAAAUGGCUGAAUAGCUUUAUCCCUACUUCGAAACGAAAGCUUUCAGUUUUCCCAGGUGGUAAAUUUCUGUUUCAUUUUUAAUUGAUUGUAAAAUAUGUACUACUGUCAAAGAAAACUGAUCUACAUUAAUUAUAAGCACUUACUGGUGCUUAAACAUUACGAAUAUCCUGCUGCCGUUUAUCUGUCAGUCUCGAUUUUCCAUAAACCUGACAUUGGUUAAUUGUUCGUCAGUUAAACUCAAUCGUAACGAAGAGCGAAUUGGAUUCGAUUAUUUUUUUGGCAAUAAGGCGUGCUGUUUUAUAUGAUACGAAGUAUACGCAUUCCUUGUCGUGCAGUCUAAGGCUAGGCAAAGCCAAGCUACGAAGAAACCAAAAUGUAAAGGUAUUUAAAGAUUUGCAGGUAAAAUUAAAAUGAUUUUUAUAAAUUAGACACUUUUACUAAAAUCUGGUAGAAACUUUAUAACCAAUGUUAUUGAAUACAAUUCUGAGAAUUCUUUUUACCAUUUUCAUUUGAUAGGCAUAAUGAUAGAGUAAAAGUAUAAAGUAUGUAAAAGUAUCAGCCUCUUUUAGAAUUCACUAAGAGUCAAAUUUGACUUUCGAUAUUUUUACAAGCGACUAAGUAAACCACGAUUGCCUUCGACGAAGAGACAAUAUGACUCUAUUUUUCUAUAAAAAUGAUAAAGAACAUUAAUGAUGCUGGCAGUGCAAUGUAACAAAGCAGAGUUUGUUCCGACUGAAAAUUUUUAGUUUAGAAAAAUUGAUUUAAAAUUCUAAAUUUUAACAUCGCAAUUUCUGGUAGAUCUAACCGUCAGAAAUCUAAUUUAGGAAGUAUUUUUAUUGAUCAAUAUUUAUUAGUAAAAUCUAUUCGAUUUAAAAUUGGUUUUUAAUUUAUUUGUUAAAGAAGGAACGGAUUCUUUUGAAAAAAGCACUCCUGAGAAAAUAUCUCCCUAAACUUUUAGACAGAGAUACCACUUCCCGUACUAAUCAUGUAAAUAGUUUGAAGAGAAAAAGUGCGAAUGCGUGAUGCGUAAUUUGGUAAAGAGUGAAAUAGAAAGCAGUGACAUAGAUAAUAUAAAAAUGUUGUUAAUAUAAGAAACUAUAUUAUUAUUGGAGUAUUUAAAUGAAAACCGACGUUUACAUAUAUAUUUGGAUUCGCCUUUGUUGUAAAUCGUGCUGUGAUACAUGUGUGUGGCAAACAUUCGGCAUAGGGCUUAACUAUCAUUAGUUUCAAAUUAACUCAUUUAGUUCAAUACUACAAGCUAACAUAAAUAAGUUGAAUUUUUAUUUACUUUUUGUGUUCGGUGUCUGCUGUUAUGUAUGCCUCUCUAAACUAAAUGUUUUCUACAUAUUGUUGAUUUGUAAAGCGAAUUACGCUCGAGUGUAGCUUCUGAUAAUAAUAAACCACUUCAAAUAGAUAAUAUAUUGUUUUCUGAUCAUUUUUCACAGUAAAUAUUCUAUAUAGAAUUCCAACCGACAAAAAAAUAUUAAAAACAUCAUCAAAAAGUCGGGACUUCUGGCCAUUCCCGUCCACUUACGGAUAUCGCCAAGAAAUUCGAAUUCGUGAGAAAAUGGUCAGAAAUCGUUAGAACUUGAGUUCAAUGGAUAACCCUUUUAUUUAGGUUGCAAGAAUAGAAUGUCAUAAAAUCUAAUUCCUUUUAUAUUUACCAGGUCAUUUAUAUUAUUUAUUUAUGCCCACUCUUUUUACUUAGACAUUUCAUAAUUAAUACCUUAUAAUUGUCUUACAGCAGAUAAUCAUUAAUUUAAAAUACUAAUGUACGUAAAAUAAUUGCUUAAUGUAAUUAAAAGUCAAGAUACGUUACGUGUUGAUAUUUUAAAAUUAGAUUUGAUAAUUCUACUUAUAUUUGUGCUUAUAAUUAAUGAGGAUCUACAGUACAAUCAUUAUCUACUGUAUGGUGGUCUCCCCUACACUAAAGUGACUCUAAA